GCUGGACAGUUUGGGACUCUGGAAGAAGAGAAAUUGGCUGCUUGCUGUGGAACUUACCUCAGAAUCUAUUUGGCUUCACCAGCUCCUGCAACUUGGGGUUUUGGUGAGUCCUCCCAACUGUGAGAUAUUUGCCUGCUCAGUGCUUGGAUUGGCUGUGAGUGAAAUCUCAAGAAAGACUCCUGGCGACUGAGUUGUUGACAAUGGAGCCUCUGGAAUCAGUGACGUUUGAAGAUGUAGCGAUCAACUUCACCCAGGAAGAGUGGGCGCUGCUGGAGACAUCCCAGAGAAACCUGUUCAAAAAUGUGAUGCUGGAAAAUAUCACCCACCUGGUCACCGUAGGGUAUCAGAUCAGCAAAUCAGAUGUGAUUUCCCAGCUCGAACAAGGAAAAGAGCUGUGGAGUGAAGCAACAGGAUGCCUCCAAGGCCAGAGUCCAGACGAUGAAAGUCCACUUAGACAAGAAAUGAUAUUCACGCAAAGUGUCUACAGGAAGCACAUAUCUGCCACCAUGCCAAUGGUUCCUCACAUGCAAGGGGAUCCUGUUGGAUGGACUGAUUUGAGUGAUGAAUUUACUCCUAGAUCUUCACCUAAACAUUUAUCAAUUCACUUAGGGAGGAAACGUAAUGUCAGCAAACAGUGUGGAAAUUCACUUAGUCAAGGGUCAUUCCUUGACGGACAGGAUCACAUUCACACUAGAGAUUUCUUUCCUUGGGUAUGAAAGGCUUAACAAGGUCCUGUGAGCUUGAAACAGCAUAAAAGUCAGCUCAGAAAGAAAACUUUCCCAAUGGACCCUUCCUCAGCCACCUUGGAAGCUGCAUCUCGUCCAGUGGGGUUUGUCCAGCACCCACUUUUCUGAGAUUCUACUGACAGGAGGAGC